UAUAUACACACACAACCAACCUAAUGCCUCUCAGCUGGUCUCUCUGCAUAAAGAUAUCACAUCAACAAAGAAGGGGGAAAACCAGUUGCAGAAACCUCCUCUGUGGGAUAUUUUUCUUCCAUUGACACCAGACCACUUCAGUUCCCAGAAUCAUGAAGUUGUUUCUUCUUUAUCUUUUUGCUGCCUUGAUAGCUGCAGCAAACUCCCUGGACUGUGACUGUAGUGCUGAAAAAGAGUGUCCAAGCAAAGUUUGUUCAGUUGAUGAUGCUGGAGGAUCCUGCAUUUCAGCAGCAUGGAAUUAUACAAAGAAUUCCAAAGCAACCCCUGUUAACUUCCAAGGCUGUGAAAGCAACAAGGCCAGUUUCGAUGCAUGCAAAGAGGGGGACUUAUUCUUCACAGCUGGGAAAAAUUUUACCUGGAACUUUGUAUGCUGCAAUAAGACAAAAUGCAAUAGUCGUUUACCUGAAGUAAACACCAACGUCACCAGGAAGGUGUGCCCCACAUGCUUCGUUUUCAGCUCUAAGCCCUGCCAUGGCAACAAGACAAACUGUACUGGAUCCCAAGACUACUGCCUGACCAUUUCUGGGACUUACCAAGAUUCUAUAACUUCAUCUCAGGACUUCUUUGGGCAAGGCUGUGCUACUCAAGCAGCAAAAAUCCUUGUCAAGGGCACCAACAUGACCUUUGGAGAGGUGAAAAUGUCGAUCGCCACCAGUCACAUAAAGAAAGCAACUGAUGGAGCCAGCCUGGUACAUGGGAGCAUUGCUUUCACCGUUCUCCUGCCCUAUCUCCUUGGGCUCCUGCUGGACAAAUUCCUUUACUGAUUUCAUUUGGUUCAAGGUGUCUUCCUCAGCAAAGCUGGGAAAAGCAUCUCCAAUGCACCGUUCCCAGAAGUUCAGGCUCCAGCAUCUGCUAAUGUCUGUUUGCAGGCUUGCAUGUGAUUUCAAAGAGCAAAUUAGUUAAAUAAAGGGGGAUCCUAAUGCA